AAUCUGCCAGGGAGGGGGCUGAUGAACAAAACAAUGACACUGCUCGGGAGGAUAUGAAUGCAAUAACACUUUUUAAGACUGUUUAAACGGAACUGUGCCAAUUUGCCUUUUACCGUAGAAGGAGCCGCGGAUGUCCGAGCGGCUGACAUCGACUGACUCUUGUUAUUGUUGAUAUGUUGUUAUAGCCCAGCUGACUAACUGGAGGCUAGCUAGCUCGCUUGGAGCUAUAGGAGCUGUUGGGACUUGCGGGCUUGUAAUAAUAUUUAUUCCUUCGGAUUGUGUCAGACGAAACUAGCUGUAAGUAUUCAUGCUAGGAUGCCAAAUCCCGCACCGAGUUUGCCAGCGAGCUAACCUUACUGAGACUCAGUUUGCUAGCUAGCUUGUUGUUAGCGGAUACGUUAACAUUUGCACAUACAUUUUUUUUUUUCAGGGAGAUUUCAUUGUCUCUGGUGGUACUGGCGUAUUGUUUGAGCAAGUGAAUACUUUGAUUUGCUAACCCGAGCAAUGUUUUAAGCUUCACUUAUACCGGCAGCUGCAGCAAAUUGCUACCUUGUUUCACUAGCAGACAAAACACUUUGAGAAAUCAGGUUAACUAGUUUAAGGAGACGGCUUACUCCACCUCAUUUGCCCCACUGUGUAUUUGCACUGAGUCUAAUAUUAGUAAAACUAUGCUAAGUGUUUGGAGUUCAUGCUGCUAAAAACUGAUUUGAUAAGCUGUGUGGAUAAUAGGGGUUUCUUGAAAGUGUUAGAGGUCACAGGGAGCACUGUCAACAUGCAACUGUUGUAGGGUUUAUUUUAUUUUAUUUUUUAACUUGAUAUAGUAUUUGCCUUCAGUCAUUCAGCGCCUCCUGUAAAGCACAAUUUUAACAGUAUUUGCGCAUGUUGUGUGUUUUUCCCCCUUUUACUGCUAUUGGAAACUGUUGGCGUUGUAGUCAAAGCUGUUCCAGUUAGCAUUACACUUUGUUCAGUUUACCUUGUAGGAAACGAUGAGUGGCCAUGGCUCGUCCUCAGAAAAGGGUGUCAAUACUAGUCUAAUAUGUCAGGAGAGUUAUGCUUGUGGCGGCUCUGAGGAGGCUGCGUUUGAGUGUGAUGAGUGUAAAAGUUUGCAGUGCAUUCGCUGUGAGCUUGAGCUCCACAGUCAGGAGCGCCUGAAGAACCACGAGCGGGUUCAGAUAGGUCCCGGCCAUGUCCCGUACUGUGACAACUGCAAAGGAGGCAAUGGAGCCCCAGACGGUGUCAAGCGGCAUAGGUCUGUCGUCCGCUGCCAGAACUGCAAAGUUAACUUGUGUCAGGACUGUCAAAAACGCACCCACAGUGGAGGUAACAAGAAGAAACACCAGCUCACCUCCUAUCCUCCACCCCCCAAACCUGCUGAGAUCGACUCCGUGCAGCCUGCUGUCCAAACAGCCGAUGAGACCAAAGCUCAGAGAGCAAAACUCCUGGAGAAGGUGUCCAGUUUUCUACUCGUUGAUGAGAAUGAGGAAAUGCAGAUAAAAGAUGAAGCCACAUUCAUGAAGAAGCUGAAUUGUGAGCCUGACCGCCUGCUGAAGGUGGUGUCCAUCUUCGGCAACACAGGAGAGGGAAAGUCCCACACCCUGAACCACACGUUCUUCAUGGGCCGGGAGGUGUUCAAGACCUCUCCCACCCAGGAGUCCUGCACUGUAGGGGUGUGGGCGGCGUUUGACCCCAUCCAUAAAGUGGUGGUCAUCGACACGGAGGGGCUGCUCGGGAACAGUUCCAAACAGGGCCAGAGAACCCGUCUCUUGCUCAAGGUGCUUGCCAUCUCCGACCUCAUCAUUUACCGCACCCAUUCUGACCGUCUCCAUGACGACCUCUUCAAAUUCCUUGGGGACGCCUCGGACGCCUAUUUGAAGCAUUUCACCAAGGAGCUGAAAGCCACAACGGCCCGCUGCGGCCUGGACGUCCCGCUGUCCACCUUGGGACCUGCAGUGAUUAUCUUCCAUGAAACAGUUCACACUAAGUUGCUUGGCUCAGGUAAGUCAUCUGAGUCAGUAGAUCGGCUGCUAUUGGAGCGCUUCAGGAAGCUGGGCCGUUUCCCAGAGGCCUUCAGCUCUGUCCAGUACCGGGGCACACAGACCCUCAGCCCCCCUACUGACUUUCGUGGCCUGCAGAACAACUUGGAGCAGCUCCUUGAUAACAACGCCACCCGCUCCCCUCGUACCCCUGUGGUCAUCUUCAAAGCCCUGCAGGCCCUCAGUGAGCGCUUCAAUGGGGAAAUUGCAGAUGAGCUUGUAGCCCACAGCUGCUUCUUCCCCGAUGAGUACUUUACUUGCUCAAGCCUCUGCCUUGGUUGUGGAUCUGGCUGCAAGAACAGCAUGAACCAUUUAGGAGAAGGGGUGUGCCAUGAGGCCAAGCAUCGUUGCCGUUAUUCUGCUCAGUAUGAUAAUCGCAUUUACACCUGCAAGGCUUGUUAUGAAGCAGGGAAGGAAGUGAUAGUUGUUCCUAAGACCUCAGCUUCCUCGGAUUCACCAUGGAUGGGCCUUGCCAAAUACGCCUGGUCUGGAUAUGUUAUUGAGUGUCCCAACUGUGGAGUGAUCUAUCGAAGUCGACAGUAUUGGUAUGGGAACCAGGACCCUGUGGAUACCGUUGUCCGCACUGAGAUCCAGCAUAUAUGGCCUGGAUCUGACGGCUUUUUGAAGGACAAUAGCAAUGCAGCACAGCGCCUUUUGGAUGGAGUCAACUUGGUGGCCCAAUCUGUGUCAGAGCUCAGUGUCAAGCCUGCCAAGGCCGUCACCUCUUGGCUGACAGAUCAGAUCGCCCCAGCCUACUGGAAACCCAACUCCCUCAUCAUGGCGUGCCAUAAAUGUCACGCAGUCUUCCAGGACAACGACACCAAGCAUCACUGCCGUGCCUGUGGGGAGGGCUUCUGCGAUGGCUGCUCUUCCAGAACCACACCUGUCCCAGAGAGAGGCUGGGGUCUUGCCCCUGUUAGGGUCUGUGAUGUCUGUUUCGAGCAGAGAGCUUCACAUGCAGAGCUGCUUGAGGCGGAGCUUGAGGAAGAAGAAGGCGGGACCCUAGCCAGGAAGGUUGGGGAGGCGGUGACCAACACUCUAGGGGCUGUGGUUACUGCUAUUGACAUCCCACUUGGCCUGGUGAAAGAUGCUGCCCGUCCUGCCUAUUGGGUGCCUGACCAGGAUAUCUUGUCCUGCCACAACUGCCAGCGCGAGUUCACUGCCAAGCUGUCCAAGCACCACUGCCGCGCCUGUGGACAAGGUGUGUGCGACGACUGCUCGCCGGAACGCCGGCCGGUUCCUUCGCGGGGCUGGGACCACCCCGUGCGCGUGUGCACCAGCUGCAACCAGAAACCCGGAGACCUUUAACAGGGACGGCGUUCCUUCCUCAGAGCACCAGAGAGAACCACUCACUCACUCAGCCCACAAUCCACUACCGCUAUACCUCUGUUACUUCAAAUGGUUCUGUCCCGUGUCUGUGGCGAGGAGGUUUUUAGUAAACUAUAGGACAUUUAGCAGAUUUGGGAUUUCAGAGUUCACGUGGCCUUGUAGAACAGCCAGAACAUAUGUGUUACUUGACUGAGUGUGAAAACUGUAUUUCCACUCCAACUAUUGACAGAGUGAAUAUUUUGCUUCUCACUGACACAAAUCACUACUUUUAUGUUGAAUAAGGCUGAUGAAAUAUUUUUCUACUAUGGGGUUAAAAAAAGAAAAAAAAUGUAUCACUUAAAGAGUAUUAGUUAGUUGAGAACCCUGCGGGGUUGGUCUGAUUAGUAUUAAGUAAUUCAUAUUAUUGAGCAUUGUAUUGCUGAUGUUGUAUGUGUAAUGUUAAGGGGAUUUUUUUAAUCCAUGCAGAUACAACCGUGGGUUCCAUUGCAUGCCCUGUUGCAACUUUUUAGUUUUUGCACUAAGCCUUUUCCAGCUGUAAAAAGCUGUUGCUUACCAUGGCCAAAAACCAGAUGUCCAGUUAAUCGGUUAGUGAGCAUCACACUGAUUUGAAAUCUUUUGUUCAGAUUGUGGAUAUCUGGUGUGCCAAAAAUCAUUCAGGUUACUGUGUCUGUGCUGGUAUAGCUUGUAUAUGUUACCAAGCAGUUGUGGUUGUAUGAGGACAUAAAACUAUGUUAGAGGAGCGUACAUUUGAUGUGUGGGGAAAUUACUUAUGUAUUGAGGAUGAAAAAUGAAAAAAAAAAAAAAAAAAAGACUUGGUAGCACUCUGGCACGCAUGACAGUCUUUGAGAUCCAUGGCCUUUUUGUCAUUCAGAGGAUGGUCUCUGAAAACUAAUGUUAAACCUCACUCUCUCAUAUACUGAGUGGCAUUUUGUUGUGUGUAUGCUAUCAAGUGUAUCUGUUUCAUGUCCCACAUUUUGCUUGUCACAUACUUUGAUUUUCAAUUGUUAACCAGUAUUGACAGUCGAUCUCUGCUGCAGUGUAUGGAUUUUUUUUUUUUUUUUUUUUUUUGAGCUGAGGAAUAUACAAAUUCUUCUCCAAACCAGUUUUACUAAUCACAUUCAUGCCUCGAGGUCUCUGCAAACCCAGGCUACGAGUCUAGGAUUUCUAAGAUGAACACAUGAUUGGUUCAUGUAGCUCUCCGUUACAGUUUGUCUUUGCAUUGUCUUUCAUCCAUUAUUGAAAGUUGUUAUGUAUUUUUUUUUUUUUUUUUUUUACAGGUUCUUGUAUUAUUUUGUGUGAUAUUAAUUAGUUAUAGUGUAGCUAUUUAUAUUGAUUUAUGUAGUGACCAUAAGUGAGCCAUCCCUUACCUCCAUGUUUUUGUUUUAACCAGUCAUAUUCACAUCCUGUGUAAUUCAACAUGAGUAAAACCUAAACUAAAACUCAGCCUAAAUGUUGAACGGUAUUCAGUGACUGAAAGCUUUAACUAAUGUAUUUUUUUUUUUUUUUGGACAAAAUCUCUUGUGUCAUAAAUAAUUUUAUUCACUGAAUAUAUACGAUUUGUUCCAUCUGGAAUUGUUACAAAGCACAUGGAGAUGCCUUUACAACGACGCUUGCUUUUUAUUUUAAAAAGUGGAAACAUGGUCUUUGUCGAUUGUAAGCCUUGUAGAUAAAGUUAUUUUCACUUUGCUCCAAUUUGGAACUUUUGGCCGUGAUGUCUUGGGAAGAUGAUGUAUCUGCCUUGUCUCAAAAUAGGUUGAUCUAUCUGAAUGUUGCGUCACACAAGCCCUCCCCUGAGAUGCUAAUAUUGCACAGGAUAGAGCAGGAAAUAGAUCAUGUCAGAUGUCAUAUGCUGAAGUUCAUUCCCCUGCAGGUUUUUUGUGGAGUCUGUUGUUUCAGAUAUCCUUUGUGGUGCUUGAGAGACUGUGGCUGACUUGUCCAUGUUGGAUGGGAUUGGGUGCCAUCAUCAACACUCCUUGCCUACUGCAUAGACUCAAGAUUAUGCCAGAAUUAUUGAUCUGUUUUGAAACUGUUAACUUGACAAUGAACUUACUGCAGUGAUGUCUGGAUACUUGCUGAACUGGUGGAAGAACUGUACAAGAUUAAAAUCAUAUCAGCUCUUGUCUGUCAAAACAUGAA